UAGCUAUCUCGUGUAGGGGUCGCAGAUCGCACACGGCUGGAGAAGGCAGCAGAGUGGAGCGCCUGUCUGUAGCUUGUGCUACCUAAACGGACCAGGACCUGAACUCGCCAAGCUCGCUCGCGCUACCGGUUUCUGGCAUUGAGAGGCUGGGCUGUCGCGCGCUAAUUUGUGUCGGCAAAACCACAUCCUGCCGCGCGCCUUUAUUCGGUAUUAAGAGUGUCCAGCGGUAGGCUGCCCGUGAACAGCUGCAGUGCUGAAGAGAGAGACAAACGACACGGGAGGCAAGCAAAUCCAACACAUACGAACCAGCCACGAGGAAUACUGGAAUGACUGGGUCGAUGUGGUGAGAUGCACAGUGUGCCAUGGCGAAAGGUCUGUGUUCAUGGGCCUGGCUGAGAAAGCCAUACUACAUUCAGGCUCGCUUCUCAUACAUGCGCAUGAAGUAUUUUUUCUUUUCUUGGCUGGCUGUGUUCAUCGGCAGCUGGGUGGUAUAUGUGCAAUAUUCGUCCUAUACCGAACUAUGUCGGGGUCAUGACUGCAAAAGUGUUAUAUGUGAUAAAUACAGAAAGGGCAUAAUUGAUGGUUCAGCCUGUAGCAGUUUGUGUGACAAAGAAACUCUCUAUCUAGCAAAGUGCCUGUCAACAAAACCUAACAACCAGGUUUACACAGGAAACUGGGGAGAUCUAGAAGGUGUAGUGAAAUGUCAGAUGGAGGAAAUCGUCCGUUUCGACUUGGGGGCAGAAAUGGAACCAAGAAAAGAAGCUAUUUUAUUUGAUAAACCAACUAAAGGGACCUCUGUUGAGAAAUUUAAGGAAAUGGUCUUAAGUCACUUAAAGGCUAAAGUUGGUGAUCAAGCAAACUUAAUGGAUCUUGUCAGUCUAAUCAUUUCUGUAGCUGAUGGAAAUAAAGAUGGUCACAUAUCCCUGCCAGAGGCGAAAUCCACAUGGGCACUCCUGCAACUCAAUGAGUUUCUGCUCAUGAUAAUACUCCAAGAUAAAGAGCACACCCCCAAAUUACUUGGAUUCUGUGGGGACCUUUAUGUCAUGGAAAAGGUGCAGUAUACCUCGUUGUAUGGGGUUAAGAUUCCUUGGCUCAUCGAGCUCUUCAUUCCCUCAGGACUUCGUCGAAGUAUGGACCAGUGGUUCACACCUUCGUGGCCGAGGAAGGCCAAAAUCUCAAUUGGGCUUUUGGAGUUUGUAGAGGAUGUCUUCCAUGGGACAUUUGGAAACUUUUUAAUGUGCGAUAUGAGUGCAAACAAUUUUGGAUACAAUGAAAAGCAUGACCUCAAAAUGGUAGACAUGAGGAAGAUAGUUCCUGAAGUUAGUUUUAAAGAUUUUAUUAGAGACCGUCACUGUGAUACUGAUGAUGACUGUGUCUAUGGUUCCGAUUGUAGGACCACCUGUGAUCAGACCAAAAAAAGAUGCACAACAGAAGUAGGUCAGCCCAACCUUGCUAAAGCGUGCCAGUCACUAAAGGACUACCUUCUACGAGGGGCCCCUUCAGAAAUCCAUGAAGAGCUUGAAAAGCAGCUGUAUUCUUGUAUAGCGCUCAAGGGAACAGCAGACCAGAUGGAAAUGGAGCACUCCUUAAUACUAAACAAUUUGAAAACACUGCUGUGGAAAAAGAUUUCACACACUAAAGACUCCUAAAGUGCUGAAA